AAAGAUUGAGAACACCGCUAAAACUUGGCAGUGUUGUGAUCAAAUACUACGCGUUAUUGAUACAUUCCGUACGUAUAUUCGGUGUUGCUAUGUAAUUUAAAAAAAAAAAUUUAGUUUUAAAACGUCAAUUAUGGCUAAUGUGAAAGAUGUCGACUUGGACUGGGUGAAAAUACGAGAGGAUUUGGACAGCACGUAUCUAACCGAGACGAUUUUGGAAAAAGCUAAACGUAAAACACGAGAGAAUCCACUUGUACCGAUAGGGAGCCUUGCAACUGCAACAGCAUUGACUGUUGGGCUUAUAAAUUUUUAUCGAGGAAAAAGCCAAAUGCAACAGUACAUGAUGCGCGCACGUGUAGCCGCUCAAGCGUUUACCAUUGCUUGCAUAGCUGUGGGAGUUAUUUUUAUACCCGGUUCAAAAUAAAUUUGUGUAAAAUUGUCGCACAAGUAGCUAUUGGUAGUGUGUGUAAAAUAAUAUUCACUUUUGACAUGAUGUCAAGACAAAUUGUUUAAUGUAGACAAAUUUAUUUAAUGUAGGUGUUCUUUGAAUAUAACAUGUUCUUGAUAUUUAAGAAAACAGAGCAUAAUAUUCGGUAAGAGCAUCAGAAUUAAAACUUAUUGUUCUUAUAUUUUAAAUAUCACUUGACUAUGUGAUAUUGUUGUUAGAUAAAAGAAUUAUUUUAAUUGUUA